UGGGCUUUUUAAAUAUUGUUUAGAAAAAGAAGUUCCUCAUUUAAAUACUUAAAAAAGGAUGGCAUUUAUAGACGCAAAGCCUUGAACACAUCUGCGAUCUGGAAUCAUCGAUCCCACAGGAACAAGCAAAAUGUGCUACUGUAGUAUACGUUGCUGUUUCUUUUGCAGUCUAAUAUUAUUCUCUUUCGUUUACUAUUAUAACGAUGUGAUGGUGGACUAUCUGAUCUUUGAGGAGCACCACCUUGUGGACAGAUACUUUGUGAACACCAAGGGCUGUCGCAUGCUGACCAUGGUUCCCAAUGAACGUGAUGUGUUGUUCCUGUGGCGAGGCCUUCGAAAGGACUUUUGUUCCAGCGAACUGGACCUGACGUCCUUUAGCAAUUGUGGUUAUAACUACCUGAGAACCGAGGUAGACAUGGAUUUUUUGAAGGCAAGAUUCGGCAUCGAGAGUUUGGAGAUCUUCAAGUGCCAAUAUCAUGCUUUGGAGCGAAACACCGAUUAUGACAAUCGGUAUUUGUACAGUCGGGAAUUCCCGCUUCUUACAGAUGGUAAUAAUACCAUUGAGCCGCCCGCGGACAUUAUAAGGGCCGAGUGUUCUAUCAACGGCUCGAGAAUUUAUAAUGGAGUUCACUUUUAUGUCCAUCCUGCAGAUGAUUGGCUGCGGAAUACCCGGGGACUUCCUCCUCUGAAGUUGGCUUCCCAUGUUGGUAGCUUGUCAGUUUUGAUUGUGGGUCUGGACUCCAUCUCUCAAAUGCAUUUUUCCAGAAGUAUGGCUCGCACGGCCAACUUUCUACUAUCCCUUCCGCAUGUGGAACUGAAGGGAUUCAAUCGGCUGGGAAAUGACACCUUCGACAGUCUGAUGCCCUUGUUAAGUGGAUUGAGUGGCCAGCAGAUGAAGAACCUUUCUGCGGAUCUCAGUAGUCUGGAUAGUUGUCCAUUUAUAUGGAAGUUUUUCCAGCAGGCUGGCUAUGAAACUGCUCUUGGGGAGGACAAUAUAGACAGGAGUAUGUUUGCCAAGGGAUUCGAGGACAAGCCAACGGACUUCUAUCUCCGACCCGCUCUGCUCGAGAUGUGGCAUAAGACCAGGAUAGAUGGCUUGUUCAACACUCACUGCAAUGAGAAGAAUAACUAUGCCAAGGAGCUCAGGGAGUUCCUAUUAAAGAUGAUUCCGCAUCACAAAACCCACAGGUUCUUCACCUUUCUGUGGUGGACACAGGGCAUUGAUCACCUGUUCAACUAUGGUAGGAAGUUUGAUCAACCGUUUUUGAAAAUGUUCAAGGCCAUGGCCCAGAGCGGGGUGCUCAAGAAGACCCUCCUUUUAGUGGUCUCCAAUCAUGGCUUGAAGAAGGGUCGAUUCCACGACACUGUUCAGGGUAAGGUGGAGGAGAAUCAGCCGCUGGCCAUGUUGUGCUACCCCAGGUGGCUGGAGCAACGAUAUCCUCAGGCCAUUCGCAAUUUGAAGAUCAACCAUCAUCGUCUGGUCACUGCCUUUGAUCUGCAUGCCACUCUGCUGGAUAUGCCGAAUCUCACGGCUCUGGAGGAUGAGCAACUGCAGCAGCGCAGCGCAGAUUUAUGGGCAUUGGGGGAGAAUCUUCCAAGGGGAAUCAGCCUUUUCCUGCCCAUACCAGACCAUCGGGACUGCUCGUUGGCGGAAAUACCCCGACAAUAUUGUCAGUGUCAGCAGCAUGGAAAUGUUUCGACCUCAGAUGGAUACGUUCUACGGGCUGCCCGUCUGAUUAUCCGGAAUCUGAAUAAGAUCCUGCUCACACAUAGUCCUCCCUGCCAGACUCUAUAUCUGGAUAGGGUCCUCAAGGCUGACAAGUGGCGACGUCUGGCGGAUGAGCACCAGUCGGAAUUCAGGGUUAGAUUGCUGACCACUCCAGGUGGGGGCCAGUUCGAAGGGGUCGUGAGGUUUACAGGCUAUAGGCUGGCCAUAGAUGGGCCUAUUAGGCGGGUUAAUGAGUAUGCUAAUGAUUCGUACUGUAUUCAGAACUAUCUGAUUGAAAUGUACUGUUUUUGCUCUUGAAAUACUUAUGAAAAUGAUGUUUGUAACGUAAUUAAAGUGUGUAGCCUGUCAAUUUUA